AUGGGGAUUCAAAUUAAAACGAGUGGAGACAUAACAGACAUAUAUUCAGAGAUAAGUAGCUCUCCAGGGACCAAGACGCCCACCUUGGUUGCUAGGCUUAUGGGUCUCGACAUUCUUCCUGAAACCCAUUCACCAUCUUUUUCCUCACAUUUGAAGCCAAUAAGUGGACAUCGGAGGUCAUUGGACAGUUAUAUUCGGGGCACUCGUUCGUUGCCGGAAACUCCGAGGAUUUCGUCUUCUUCGAGGAGGUCGAACGUCGAUCUUCACCACCGGCUCUCGCUUCAGAUCAACAAGGAGAACAUGAGUGCAACCGAGAAGUCGAUGAUCUCUCGUCUCAGAGCGCUUAAGAGGAAAGAGCAUAAUCACGAAGACGAGAACGACAAGAGCCCCGGUCAGUACGCCAGGCAGAUAGUUAAGCAGGUUAAAGCAAGUGUGGGCAGGAAAGUCGGAACGGACAUUACCAACACGGUUCGGAACAGGGAGCAAGCUAGAGAGGAGCUUGUUAGCCAUUUCAAGUACAAGAGCUCCGGCAAACCAUCAAUAGCAGUACCGGCGGCAACAGUUCCGGUGAUCAAAAUGCAGACUCAGCCCGUCAGAGUUUUACAAAAGCCCAAGUUGCUGCCGGUUGAAGAGGAACAAGAUGAGCAGGAAAACCACCAGCACCAGCCACCCAGAGCCACAAGCAAAUGUAAGAAAGUGAAAAGGCCUAAGCAAGAAGAGCCAUUCGUUCGUCCUUCAACAGCCAACAGAAUUCACAUUCCAGACAAGAAAUGUAAGAAAACUCCAUUGUCAAAUGAUCUCCUCAACAUCUUUCCGGUAAAAAAAGAUCCUUCUCCUCCGGCCACGAAAAUCCCUCAAAAACAGGUCUUGGAUGCUGGAAGACCGAAACGUAGCACACAGUUAUCUAGUUGUUCGAGCCAAACGUACAACAAACAAGAAGCGACGUACGUGCACGUUCCCCAACACGAAAACAUCGGCGACAGAUGUAACGACGAUACUACUGCUACAAGCGCCACCACAACAGGCGAAGAAGCAGCGGAAUAUCAUGAGUACAUCGCUAGAAUACUAAGACGUACAGGGCUAGAAAAAGAUACCCCAUUGUCCUUAGCUUCUUGGUUCUCUCCUUCCCGUCCUCUUAACCUUUCCAUUUUUUACUACCUCGAACAUUUCACCGCCUGUAAUAAAACAACCAGUCCCGGUCAACUGACCCUUCGAUGCAACCGAAAAUUAUUGUUCCAUCUCAUUGAUGAAAUCUUGAUUGAAUUUUUGAAGCCGUUUUUCAAUACGAAGCCUUGGGUUAUGAGUGGACUCGGUCGACGUGAAUAUUUUAGUAGCAUGGAUGGGUCUCAACUUAUAGACACAUUGUGUUCGAAAAUCAUGGAGUUUCCUCGAACUGAUUGCCGCGUUCUUGAAGACAUCGAUGCCUUGAUCAGCAAAGAUUUUCCGGAAACGAAGCUCCAGAGUGAGGUGGCGUACGCGGAAGAAGCAGAAGGGGUCGUGUCUGAGAUCGAGAAGGGAAUAUUGGAGGCACUGGUAAAUGAAACGGCGACCGAUUUGGGACUUUGGUGUCCUGGUUUCAACUUCCAAAGGUUGUCGAAUCGAAACGUGGAAAGGGCUGGCCUUUUAGGAUCACAUGCGUCAUUCACGUGAUGAGAUGCUACUCGUUGGGGUCUUUGUGGGACUAUACACGUGGAUGAAAUGGCCAUUAUACCCCUUUUUUUGAUAUAUUUUGUAU